AUGCUAACGCAAGCCCAGGUUCUCGCUGUUGACCUUCUCAACCCCACGCCCGCCGCUGAGGCCCGCAAGCACAAGCUUAAGACCCUUGUCCCCGCCCCCCGCUCGUUCUUCAUGGACGUCAAGUGCCCGGGAUGCUUCACCAUCACCACCGUCUUCUCGCACGCCAACACAGUCGUCGUCUGCCAGGGCUGCUCGCAGGUCCUGUGCCAGCCUACCGGUGGUAAGGCUCGCCUGACUGAGGGCUGCUCUUUCCGCAGGAAGUAA